GUUUGAGGUUGGGUUAAUCACCACAGAGUAGUUUGACCACAUGAGUACCCCUGCGGUCCAGUGGAGGUUCAAUUAAAAAAGUGUAGCAGACUGUCUGGAAACCAUGGAUCCGCUGCUGUACUUAGCUGGCCUGGUCAUCAUGUUCCUGCUGUGGAUCAAAGUUAAAGGUCUAGAUUACGUAAUCGUUCACCAGAGGUGGAUUUUUGUGUGUUUGUUCCUGCUACCCCUCUCCGUUAUUUUCGAUGUGUAUUAUUAUGUGCGGGCAUGGCUCAUUUUCAAGAUGUGCUCUGCCCCCAAACUGCACGACCAGCGCGUGCGAGACAUCCAGCGACAGGUACGUGAGUGGAGGAAGGAUGGCAGUAAGACCUACAUGUGUACCGGUCGACCCGGCUGGCUCACUGUGUCUCUCAGAGUGGGGAAAUACAAGAAAACCCACAAGAACAUCAUGAUCAAUAUGAUGGACAUUCUGGAGGUGGACACAAAGAGGCAGGUUUUGAGAGUUGAGCCGCUGGCCAACAUGGGUCAAGUGACCGCUCUCCUCAACUCUAUUGGCUGGACACUGCCAGUGCUGCCCGAGCUUGAUGACCUCACUGUGGGUGGUUUGGUGAUGGGAACAGGCAUCGAGUCAUCCUCUCAUAUUUACGGCCUGUUUCAGCACAUCUGUGUCGCAUUUGAACUGGUUCUUGCUGAUGGCAGCUUAGUACGCUGCACGGAGGAGGAAAACUCGGACCUGUUCCAUGCCGUCCCGUGGUCAUGUGGAACUCUGGGGUUCCUGGUUGCAGCUGAGAUUAAAAUAGUCCCCACUAAACCCUGGGUGAAGCUGCACUAUGAGCCGGUAAGAGGACUGGAGAACAUCUGUAAACGCUUCACUGAAGCAUCGGAGAACAAGCAGAACACAUUUGUUGAGGGCAUCCAGUACACUCUGGACACCGCUGUCAUCAUGACGGGAACCAUGACUGACCACGCAGAGCCUGAUAAGAUUAAUAGAAUCGGCCUGCACUUUAAACCCUGGUUCUUCAAACAUGUGGAGGGCUACCUGAAAGGCGACUGCAGUGGAGUUGAAUACAUCCCUCUGAGACAGUACUAUCAUAGACACACACGCAGCAUCUUCUGGGAGCUUCAGGAUAUUAUUCCCUUUGGCAACAACCCAGUGUUCCGCUGGCUUUUUGGAUGGAUGGUCCCUCCUAAGAUCUCACUGCUGAAGCUCACCCAGGGAGAGACCAUCAGACGGCUUUACGAGCAGCACCACGUGGUCCAGGACAUGCUGAUACCUAUGAAGCAUCUGCAGGCUGCCAUCACACACUUCCACCAGGACAUCGACGUUUACCCUCUGUGGCUGUGUCCAUUCCUUUUGCGACCAGGCAGAGGGAUGGUCCACCCCAAAGGUCAAGAGGAGGAGCUGUAUGUGGAUAUUGGGGCCUAUGGAGAGCCCAAAGUCAAACACUUUGAAGCUAAAGCAUCAACGCGUCAGCUGGAGAAGUUUGUCAGAGAUGUGCAUGGGUUCCAGAUGCUGUAUGCAGACGUGUACAUGGAUCGAGAGGAGUUCUGGGAGAUGUUUGAUGGUCAGCUGUAUCACAGACUGAGAGAGGAACUAGGCUGUAAGGAGGCCUUCCCGGAGGUUUACGACAAAAUCUGUAAAUCUGCCCGACACUGACCACAGCCCUGUCACAGAUACACCGAGGCGCUGUCUGCAACUCACAUUCGGUGACAGCUUCAGGUUUUGGGACAUUUCUGGAAAAACUAAAAAACUGUUUUACACGAAGCUCUCCAACCAGAUCAAUGGGAAGCAAGAGCACAAAUAUUGUAAUGCUUUUAAUUGAUUAAUGUAUUCUGUUGUUCCUUUUUCUGUACACAAUUAGCUUAUUUCAACAUUCAUGUGCUGCUUGACUGAAACCACAGAUGUGUAAUUUGUACUUGUUGAGAGCACAUUGCACCAAAUGUUUUCUUUUUUCCUUUUUUUAAAUGUGUAUAUUGGGCAACUUGUUCCUGUUUAACAACCUUAUCAAGUCUUCAUCAAAGACCGUGUGCAUAUUUGUACAUCUUUUUAACAAGUCAGCCUUACCUACAGUUUCCCAGGUGCCAAACACUUUGAAAAUAUGACUUCCCAAUUAACAUCAUUUGCAUAUUUUUUAAAAACUUUUGUGACAAAUCUAUGGCUACUUAUAAGCUACUAUUUUGAUAUAAAAAAUCUGUCCGAUCACCAGUACUAAGGAUUGAAGGAAUUCAUUAAAAACUCUUUUCUGCAAUAAA